AUGAUCGGUGCGGAGUGGAGGUCCCACGGGACACUGAGCACGUGGUCUCGGCUGCCACAAGACGUCAGCGGCAGAUGGCAUGGGUACCCGCUGUUGGCAUGAGUGUCAUUCCUCAAAGAGAGAGGGAACCGGAGAGAGGAGAACAGAGGCUGCGCAGCUUUCAGCUCGGUCCUGGAAACACUGAGAAGAAGAAGAAGAAGAAGCUGCAGGGGUGAUAUUUGGGGCCAUGCAACUUGCACGCUGACCAGAGGAGGUAUGUUGACUCUGCCAUACGAGGAACCUCAUCUGAUGUGCGAGCCGCGCUUUGGUGCCAAUUAUCCCCGUGAAAGUUUACCUGUGAGCCUGGCGCAGGAGCGACAGCACAACGCAGACCGCUCCAAGUCAGACAUGAUGAGGGAGGCCGAGGACGACCUUUCCGACAGGGAGGAGGACGAAAGGGAGGAGGACCAGGACGAGAACGGGCUUCCUAAAAAGCGAGGCCCCCGGAAAAAGAAGGCUGGGAAGGAGCAGGUGGACAGGGCCAAGCUCCGGCGCCAUGAAGCCAACGCCCGCGAGCGCAGCAGGAUGCACGGCCUGAACGCUGCGCUGGAGAGUCUGCGCAAAGUUGUGCCGUGCUACUCCAAAACUCAAAAACUGUCCAAGAUCGAGACGCUCAGGUUGGCUAAGAACUACAUCUGGGCUCUGUCAGAGACCCUGAGCGCAGGGAAGAGACCCGACCUCCUCGCGUUCGUUCAGACUUUGUGCAAAGGAUUAUCCCAGCCGACCACCAACUUGGUGGCCGGAUGUUUGCAGCUGAACGCAAGAAAUUUCCUCACAGACCACAACGGAGAGGUGAUGUUUUCUGGCAGAUCCCCCUACGAGGCCAUGUACUCGUACGCCGGAACAGACAUGAACUCGCCCCCGGGCCACAGCGGCAGCUUGGACACCAGCUCCAAGCCGUUCCGGCACUACGGCUACAGCGGCGCCUACGAGCCCUACUUCGAGAACCCGUCCCCGGAGGGCGGGAGCCCACACUUCGACGGCCAGCUGAGCCCCCCGAUGAACUUCAACGGGAUUUUCUCCCUCAAACACGAGGAGCCGCCGGAUUACGGCAAGAGCAGCCACUACGGCAUGCGCUACUGCGGCGCGCCAGGACGCGCGGCCCUGGCACCGAACUCCAUGUACCGAGUGUCCCCGGAGGCCCGGUUCCCCUACGACCUCCACGUCCGCAGCCAGUCCUUUCAAGCACAAGGGGAAGUUAAUGGCUCCUUCCACAAUUAAUCAGCUGGACAUGUUUCUGUGCACGGAUGGUG